CCCAGGAGAAGCGCCCUCGGGCCCUCCCAGCGGAAGCUGCCGUCGGCGGUGCGGAGGAACGGGCUGCGCCGGGACGGGGCGCGGCUCUGCCGGCUCUUGGUUUCUGCCUCCGCAGUGAUCGUGUGGGGGCACCCAUGUGGCUGCUGAUUUGGCUCCUGUGCCUUUCGCCCCUCCUGGCACAUGAGGACAAUAAGGAAGUAGUUGGCAUCAUGGGAGAAAAUUUUACUUUUCCAGUACAAAUAGACCAAAAAAUAGUGGAAAUUGUCUGGAAGAAAAACAAGGAUAAAGUGGCUGAAUGGGAAGAGCAAAACAAACCGACAUAUUUUGGUCAUCUCCGUGACAGGAGUGUACUUAUGGAGAAUGGAUCCUUGACUAUAGUUAACUUGAAGAAGGAUGAUGCUGGCACAUAUGAGUUAGUGUACCGGGAUUAUGUGGAAGAUCACCAGUUAAACUUCAUACUUGAUGUGUUAGAUUCCCUUCCAGAACCUAAAAUAAGUUGCAACACCAGUGAUAGUGAACUUGUAUUAAACUGUACAGCAAAUUUCCAGUGGCCUCUGAAUUACACUUGGAAGCUCAGUAACGGUCCACACAGUUAUCUGAACCAGGAGCUUUCCAUCCCUUUGAAGAAUGUUGAUAUUACCACCAAUGCUACAUGUAUCAUUAAAUAUUCACAAACGGAAAGGAGCUCUGAAAUCUCUUUGAUGCAAUGCCUUUCAGAAGAAAAAGGAGACAGUUCUCACAAACGACAUAGAAAUAUUCUUAUUUCCCUCCUUACUGCAUUUGUUAUCCUAGUGGUAAUCCUAGAAUUCCUGCGCAGGAAAGGUAUAAUUAAAUGUGGACUAGAAAGAAGGACUGCUCAGAAUAACAGUCCAGCAAAUGGCUCAGGAGAACAUGAGCAACUUUUCCCUGGGAACAGCCAACAACAAUCUAAUUCAGAGGGAGCUGCAUUUUCACACGCUGUUCAUUGUGAGAAUGAAGAACCUGAAGCAGACAGAGCAUUGAAUGAGAAUGACAGGGCCCUGAAAGACAAGCAGAUAUCUAAGAAUGGUGUAAAUCAGGAAGAAGUGACCCAGGAUACAGAAGUUGAAAAUGGGGGGCACCCGAACAACUCUUCCAGCUGCACUGAAGAAGAUCUUAAAGCAUAAGCAAAUAAUUGCUUUGUUGCCCAAACAAAUAUGGAAGAGAAGCAGUAGAAUUCAAUGAUGAAGGAGGUGCUACCUUUACACUUGAAGGGCUUCCACAAGGAAUGGAGUUGUCAGAACUUCAUCAAUAAGCCCCUUGAAGACAGGCUGAACUGUUUCCAGUGCCUCUUUUUCUUCCUCAGGAAAGACAGCCUCCUUUUCUAGUUUUACUAUGUGAAGACAAAUAGCACAAAUCAUGGACAAAAUCUUUUGAAUUGUUUUAUGUACAGUUUUAACAAGCCAUAUGUUUUGUUAUAUAGUGUGUUUUAUGGAUUUUUUUUUUACUAACACACUAAAGCCUCUUUGUAGUUAAUAUUUAGAGAUUUACAAAGUUUUAUAUAUUUGCAUGAAUGUUUCCAAAUGAAAAACUGAUUGGUUUUCACUUUUUUUGUCAGUGUCUUUUUACAGUCAGAAAAAAAACUUUAUCCUUCAGCAGGCCCAGAUGGGUGGAAGUUUGCAUUUUCUAGUCUUGGUUCUAGACAAAGCUAUGUACUAGAUUUGCCAGGUGCCUGGCAAAUGGAUCAUCUCCUGACAGUGGUUCAUUCUGUGAUAAAACUACAUUUCAGCUUGGUGCACUGGAACAAAGAUGUUAUUAACAACAUGUUUGGGAUUUUCCUAAAGCUUUUUAUAUUUUUUGAACUUUUAGGACUUUUUAAGCCUUUGCUCUUCAUAUUUUUCUGAGAAUGUCAUCUCACUUCUACUCACUCCUAGGAAAUAAUAGUAUGUUUUUAAGUUGCUUUAGACUAGAACAAAAACUUGAAAACUGAGGUCGUGUAUAUAAUGAAGUUUAGAAAGUAUCAAAAAGAAAAACACCAUGCAUUAAUAUUUUCAGAACAUCAAGCUAUGGAGGGUUUUUCAUUAUGUUUACAUGCGGGCUGUUUAUGAAAGUUGAAAGCCAGUUUAGUUCAUUUUGAACAUGGUAUGUGUAAAGAAUCAUGAAGGUUUGGCACUGGUAACCGAAGAUCAGAAGCUUCAGCUUUCCCCUUGUUUCGACUUUUGCCCUUUCCACUCCCACAAUUUCUUCUUCUAUUUGCAGCUGUAUUGCAUGAGUGUACAGCUUGUAUACUGUACAGUGUACAAACGUUCAAAAGUCACUUUUGAUAGGACUAAACCUUUUAUGUCUACUGUUCUCUGUAAAUGUAAUUUAUUAAAAAAAUAUUUAAGAUGUAAAAAACCUUGUCUUUUUGUAAUAUAUGCAUGCAUUUUUUAAUUUAACCUUAAAAGUUACUAACUGAUCCACAACCAAAAUGAUGUAUUUUAUAGAUGUUUUUUAUCUGUUUGUUUGAUUGCUGGGUUUUGGGGAUCAGUAUUCCUGAUCCAAGUGUCCUUCUCCAUUCCACCUUCAAUAAAUUUAUCAGGAUAA